UCCCUUAUUAUAUCACGCCUCGCUACUGUAAUUCCCUCCUCAUUGGCCUACCUCACCACAGGCUAUCCCCUCUUCAGUCUAUCCUUACUAACCGCUCCGUAUCCGCCACGCCAAUACCUCCGCUGGCCUCCACUCAGUGUCCUCCACCCCCCUCUGCCAAUCCCUCCACUGGCCUCCACUCAGUGUCCUCCACCCCCCUCUGCCAAUCCCUCCACUGGCCUCCACUCAGUGUCCUCCACCCCUCUGCCAAUCCGUCCACUGGCCUCCACUCAGUGUCCUCCACCCCCCUCUGCCAAUCCCUCCACUGGCCUCCACUCAGUGUCCUCCACCCCUCUCUGCCAAUCCGUCCACUGGCCUCCACUCAGUGUCCUCCACCCCUCUCUGCCAAUCCGUCCACUGGCCUCCACUCAGUGUCCUCCACCCCUGUCUGCCAAUCCCUCUGCUAGCUUCUAAU